GACUCAUCUCUGUUUUUCUCUCUCUUUAAUUUAAUCAGAGAGAUAAAGCCGACUCAUAUUAUCGACCCCGCUCUCCAUUUCCGCGAACUUUCUCUCUCCCUCACUCUCUCUCUCUCUCUCUCUCCUCUCUCUCUCUCUAAGUCAUCGAACAACAAGUACAAAAAAUCUAAUCUUCCUUCAUUUGAUAGCCAGCCAAGCCCCAUGGGAGCCUCCACCAUGGACAACCUGGUUCUCUCCUCACUCUGAUUUCCUUCCUUGGGUUUGACUUUUGGAACUUUCUGGUGAAUGAAGAAGUUACUUGGGCUUAUCAUUUCAUUGAGAGUUUGACUUCUGUUUAGAAUAUUGCGUUGGAGACAAUCUAUAGCCAUGAAUUUCCAGCAAGAGAAAUUAGUGAGGUUUCAGGAUUGGAAUUUGGAGAAAAAUGCUGAUGUGCUGUAUGCUCCAGACGAUGGCAUUCACCCGGGAAAAAUUAAAAUGACAAUAAACUCGGUUUCACACAAGUUUCAAAGAGGCUUUGAGUCUGGUUCUGAAAGGAUUAAAAGGAUUAGACGAUCAUUUAAAUCAUGUUCAUUCGAUAAUGCUAUGGCUAAGGGCUUUUUCUCCCAGAAGAAGAUUCUUGAUCCGCAAGGGCCAUUCCUUCAAAGGUGGAAUAAGAUAUUUGUGCUGUCAUGUUUCAUUGCAGUCUCUCUGGAUCCUCUGUUCUUUUAUGUGCCGGUGAUUAAUGAUGAGGAAAAGUGUCUAGACUUGGACAGGAAGAUGGAGAUCACUGCUAGUGUUUUGCGUUCAUUCACAGACAUAUUUUACGUACUUCAUAUUAUUUUUCAAUUCCGUACUGGAUUUAUUGCUCCCUCUUCUCGAGUAUUUGGAAGAGGUGUUUUAAUUGAAGAUUCUUGGGCUAUUGCUAAGAGAUAUCUGUCAUCGAACUUUCUGAUAGACAUUCUCGCAGUCCUUCCACUCCCACAGGUGGUGAUUUUAAUUAUUAUUCCAAAACUGGGAGGUUCAAGAAUAUCGAACACAAAGAACUUGUUGAAAUUUGUUGUCUUAUUUCAGUAUUUGCCAAGGGUUAUCCGAAUCUAUCCAUUGUAUACAGAAGUUACAAGGACUUCUGGAAUACUCACUGAAACUGCUUGGGCUGGAGCUGCAUUUAAUCUUUUUCUUUACAUGCUUGCCAGUCAUGUACUUGGAGCCUUCUGGUACUUGUGUUCUAUAGAACGAGAAACCACAUGCUGGCAAGAUGCCUGUAGGCGUAAUCCAAUUCAAUGCAACCAUGAUGCUUUAUAUUGUGAUAGAGAUAGUAACUUGGCAGGGGCGAAAGCAUUAUUGAAUAAUUCUUGUCCAAUUCAAGGAAGUGAUAAUCCGCCUUUUGAUUUUGGGAUAUUUUUAGAUGCCCUUCAAUCUGGAGUUGUGGAGUCAACGACUGAUUUUCCACAAAAGUUCUUUUACUGUUUUUGGUGGGGCCUACGAAAUUUGAGUUCUCUGGGUCAAAACCUUGCAACUAGUACCUAUGUUUGGGAAAUCUGUUUUGCAGUCUUCAUUUCAAUCGCUGGAUUGGUACUAUUUUCAUUCCUUAUUGGGAACAUGCAGACAUAUUUGCAAUCAACAACCACAAGAUUGGAGGAGAUGAGGGUGAAAAGGAGGGAUGCAGAACAGUGGAUGUCUCAUCGCUUGCUCCCUGAGAAUCUGAGGGAGCGUAUCAGGCGGUACGAACAAUACAGAUGGCAAGAAACCAGGGGUGUUGAUGAAGAGAAUCUAAUCUGUAAUCUUCCAAAGGAUCUCAGAAGGGAUAUCAAGCGCCAUCUCUGCUUGGCUCUGCUGAUGAGAGUGCCGAUGUUCGAGAAAAUGGAUGAUCAACUGUUGGAUGCAAUGUGUGAUCGUCUCAAGCCAGUGCUUUACACAGAGGAAAGCUAUAUCGUUCGUGAAGGAGACCCGGUCGACGAGAUGCUCUUUAUAAUGAGAGGCAGGCUGCUGACAGUGACCACAAAUGGUGGAAGAACUGGUUUCUUCAACUCCGAAUAUCUCAAGGCUGGUGAUUUUUGUGGAGAAGAACUUCUUACAUGGGCUCUGGAUCCCCACUCCUCGUCUAACCUCCCUAUAUCGACAAGAACUGUGCAAGCCCUUACAGAAGUUGAAGCCUUCGCAUUGAAGGCGGAUGAUUUGAAAUUCGUAGCCUCUCAGUUCCGGAGGCUUCACAGUAAGCAGCUUCGCCACACUUUCAGGUUUUACUCACAGCAGUGGAGGACUUGGGCGGCUUGUUUUAUCCAAGCAGCCUGGCGCCGUUACAGUAAGAAAAAGCUUGAGGAGUCUCUUAGGGAAGAAGAGAACAGGUUGCAAGAUGCUCUGGCUAAGGCUGGUGGGAGCUCACCAAGUCUGGGUGCCACCAUCUACGCCUCACGCUUUGCCGCUAAUGCGCUUCGGCUUAUAAGACGUAGUGGCACGCGGAAAGCGAGGGUGCCAGAGAGAAUACCACCAAUGCUGCUUCAGAAGCCAGCGGAGCCAGAUUUCACUGCUGAAGAACAUUAGGUAAUAUGUGACCAGCAAUGUAAGCUUGAUUUGUUGUGUGAAAUGCAACUAUUUUUAAGUCUUUUACUUAUGAAGUAGUGAAGUAAUAUUAAGGUAGAAGUCUCUUUUGUCAAGUGUAAAAGGUCUGUAUAUUAUUGUUGUUGUAUAUGUAAAUAUCUGAUUGUUUCCUGGUGAAUUUACUCAGUUGCCGCUUGCGUGAGAUUAGUAAAUAAGGCUAGGUUGAGUAUUAGGAGCUUUUUACAGCGGGAUGUUGUAGUGCAUGUUUCUGAAGAUCAGAUUUGAUAAAAAUAACAAUAAAACAACGAAUGGCAAUAUUGACGUUCAAAACAAAACUCUAUCAACCGAGUA